CACUAAUGGUUUAAUAGUUCAGUAUAAUGCUUUUUGUUUUAUGAAAUCGGAAUACGAUAUCAUAUAGCUGCCAAAGGAACCAACGCUUAUUUAAGCUAAAAAUCAUCAUUGCUUCAAUGUUUUUAAACAUGUGUAAUUCGAAAUUUAGAUGUUUUAAGGAAUAUUUAGUUUUUUGAAUAGCUGCAAGGGUAUAUAGACUUGUUUGUUUGAAAAAAAAGAUAUUUCGGUUCGGUUGUCGUUAAAUUUUUUUGUGUUUAAACAACAUGGUCUAGCUAUGAAGCUAUAUAGUUUGUAGGAACAGCAAAGUUGAUGUUGUAGCCCAAGGCUAAGAAAUGGACGAUUAUUAUUAUUACUUCCUAAGACCUUAUCUUUUUGAGUUCCCAAAAUUCGUUGUUUGUUGAUAGGCCCAGCAGCAGAGGCUUCCUUUUGAACUCGUGCUAAGCUCGGGAUUUAUUUACUAAGCAGCUCUGCUUCGGAGAUGUCUGUGCUUUCUUCAGCUCUGUUCGCGAUUUUGCUCUUCCACCAGGGAUUGGCCUAUCUCCUGGAGCCAAACUGUAAGGGCCAUAUAGAGCUUGUCUAUAAAAUUCAAGCAGGUGAAAACGCCCUAGGUUACCACACACCCUUUAUGGUAUCCAUAUACGAUAACACCAGAAAAUUUAUCGCCGGCGGCAGCCUGAUUCACAAACGAUUCGUUCUAACAGCUGGGCACGUUAUCUCGAAAGAUUUAAAAUUCGUGCGCUUGGGAGAAAAGGACAGAACGUGUCAAAACUGGAAUUGCUCAAUCGUACAAGAGUAUUUGGUGGACAAGGCUAUAGGGCACCCUGGAAACAAACUUCUUUUCGAAAAUGAUAUAGGUCUUCUAAGACUGAACGCUCAUGUCGAGUACAACAAAGCCAUCAAGCCAAUUUGCAUCAUCGUGGAUGACGAGGUGAAAUUCAAAGAUGUAAAGAAAUUACGGGCUUUCGGCUGGGGUCGAACCGCAAGCACGGAGAAAUUGAGCGAUGUGCUUAAGACCAUCCUACUGAACCGAGAAGAUCCGAGCGCUUGCGAACUUUCAGUAGGAGCAACCGCUACUGACCAUCAGUUCUGCGCCGCUAGCGCAGAUGGACAUGGGGACACAUGUCCUGGCGACUCUGGAGGUCCCCUGGUGGCGGAUUUUACAUACGAAGGGAAGAUGAGCUACACUCAGAUAGGAAUUGUUAGUUACGGCUCGCAGAGCUGUAACGCCUCUAGCAUUUAUACAGAUGUUGCGAGCCACCAAGCCUGGAUAGCUGAAAUGGUGCACACCCACGAGGAGCAUCUGUUGUUCGAGAAUUGCAGCAGCCAAUGGACUGGUAAUAUUGCAGUGCGUCUGUGGGAGACGACUAUUCUGAAGCGGACUGUUGCCGGAACCCUUAUUACCGACGAAUUUGUCGUGACUGUUGCCAGAGCGUUCCAGACAAAUUUCACUGACAUAAAAGUUAAGGGGAAAUAUUUUGAGAUUGAAGUCGCCCAAAUCAUCAAGCACCCUGAGUUUUCUCAUUCACGAGGAUCAUUUAAGAACAACAUAGCUUUGCUUAAACUAAAAAACAAAGUGAAAAUGUCAGAUCUUGUGAAGCCCAUCUGCUUGGCAGUGAACUCCUUUCCUUCAAUAACCUUUACUGCCCUUCUCGAAGCUUACAAUAGAAGUGUUGUGGGCCUUCAACGCAUCAAUUUUACCCCCACCAAGGAUUGUUCCAGAACUAUUGGAAUGCCAGUUGAAUCUAAUCAAUUUUGUGUCGAACAACCUCGUGAUUAUAAAUACAAGCUACCUGGUUCGGUAAUGGGUACUUAUAAGGAGGUCAAGGACGUCAUGAGUUACCUUCUCACUGGCAUUAUAAGCCAUGUUAAGUAUGGUAUGCUCGUAUUUACAAAUGUGGAAACUUACGACGAUUGGAUAAGGAAAAACAUAAUGUGAAUAUUAUGAAAUUUUAAUAAUAAAAUGGCGCUCGGCGUUCACUGCAAAUAUUUAUACGCUGAUUCUGUUCAUGAGAGGUUAGUUAUUGCGCUGUAUACAUAAGUGUGUUUCGUUCAUAUCUAUCGGCAAAAACAAAAACCUUUACAAAUCGAUCUAUUAUUUUGGUAACGCUUUUAGCCUAUAGUGUUUGCAAUGCAGUUUGACAGAUGGCGCCACCCGAUUGUUUGAUAUACAUAUAAUAUUUAGUUUGAAAUUUGUUAGCUGAUAAGCGGGAAUCUUUUUGUUAAAUUAUGAGUUCUUGAGAAUCGUUUAAUUUGAAGACUAUUUUUGGACGUACUUUAAGCGCUUCUCAACAAUAAUCUCGUUAAACUUGUUGAGCGAGUGAUCUUAUCAUAUAUAUUUAAAUUUCUUGAAUUUGUCUACAUUAAAAAAAUUAUACAAUGCCGAGCAACAAAAGCUAUUAAUAAAAAUAAAAUAAAAAAUUCACAAAUAAAAAAACGAACGCAUAAUAAACAAAAUUUGUUAAUAACUCUCGGGUUCUCGAGAAUAUAAACAUCCUAAAAAAAUUACUUACAAUUUAGAGAGAUCUCCCAAAUCUGAAACUUUCUUAACUGGCUACAUAAAAUAAAGACAAGUCUAAAUAUUGUUUAAAAUUAAAAUGUUUCAACUCUAAAAGCACUAAAACGAUUACGAUACGAAUCGGAUAAACUGCUAGGAUUAAACAUUUAAUAGUUUUGA